AUGGAGCACCCUAUCGACCAUUCGCGUCCUCUUCGAGUAGUGAUUAUUGGUGCCGGAAUCUCUGGUUUGGUUUCUUCGAUCAGACUUACCCAGCGUCUUCCAAACGUGACUAUCCAGAUCUACGAAAAAAAUGCCGAUAUUGGAGGAACCUGGUAUGAGAAUCGUUAUCCAGGUUGCGCCUGCGACAUCCCCGCACAUGUAUACCAGGCUACGUUUGAGCCUAACCACAAUUGGUCCGAAUUUUAUGCAUCUGCAAAAGAGAUCCAUCAGUACUGGAAAGCUGUUGCUGCUAAAUAUGAAUGUGAACAUCAUAUCAAGUUAUGCCAUGAAGUCGUUGGGGCAACCUGGGAUGAGAGCAGAGCAAAGUGGGAAGUGAAAGUGAGAAACACAGAGAGCGAUGAAAUCUUCUCCGAUUCUGGGGACAUAUUGCUGUCAUGCACAGGCCCACUGAAUGCCUGGAUGUGGCCGGAUAUCCCUGGUAUCCAUGAGUUUAAAGGCAAGCUUCUGCAUAGUGCAUCCUGGGAUGAGAGCUUUGACUGGGAGAACAAAUCUAUUGCCAUUAUCGGCAAUGGCUCAAGCGGGAUUCAGCUUGUACCUGCGAUGCUCCCCAGGUCGGCUCGUAUCGACCAUUAUAUUCGUGGCAAGACCUGGAUUGCACCCCCUCUUGGCUCGGAAACUAUUGCAAAGCUAGGUCUGAAUGAGAAAAAUAAAUUCUCAUUCAGCGAAGAGCAAUUGGCUCAUUUUCAAACGAAUCCCGAAGCCUACCGGGCGUUUAGGAAAGACAUUGAACGAGAAAUCCUUGGAAUCCAAGCAGUUACUGUUCUGAACACCCCGGCGCAGCAAGCGUCUAUUCCGAAAUUCACAAAGCAUAUGCAGGAGCGUCUGGCAGCUAAGCCUGAGCUUGCCAGUUCUAUGAUCCCUGGUUUUGCUCCGGCGUGCCGGAGAUUAACACCUGGCCCAGGUUAUCUAGAGGCUCUAGUGAGCCCUAAGGUCAAUGUGAUCUCAGAGGCUAUCGGCAGCAUCACCGAGAAUGGGAUCAUCACCAAAGACGGCGUUCAUCGUGAGGUUGACGCGAUUGUCUGUGCAACUGGAUUCAACACGACAUUCCAACCUCGAUUCCCGUUACUUGGCCGCAAUGGCAUGCCACUUUCCGAAAAGUGGAAGAAGAACCCAAAUACCUAUCUCUCGAUGAUGACAGACCAGUUUCCGAACUACUUUGUAACUUUGGGCCCCAAUGGAACACUGGUUGGCAGCUUGCUUCUUUUGAUCGAGAAGCAAGUUGAUUACAUCACUGCUUGCAUUGCAAAGAUGCAGCGAGAGAAUAUCCGAGUCAUGACACCGCGGAAGUCGGCUGUCGAAGCUUUCACGAAAUUCGCAGACAAGUAUUUUGAAACCACGGUCUUCCGGACGAAAUGCAGGAGUUGGUAUAAAGGGGGAAGUGAAGAUGGCAGAGUCGUUGCUCUUUGGCCAGGGUCCGCUCCACACGCCUUAAAGGCCCUUUCGCAGCCUCAAUGGGAAGAUUUUGAAUAUGAAUACAGUGACGGCAAUGAAACAGGAUGGCUAGGGGACGGCUGGACACAAGCUGAAAGAACUGGCGAUUUUCACGCAUGGUACCUGGAUGACGAGCACGUAGAUGUACCUAGACUUAAAGGAUCUGUCUGA